AUGCGUUUAGAAAAAUGUUACUUUUGUUCUUCUACAGUAUACCCCGGACAUGGGACAAUGUUUGUAAGAAAUGAUAGUAAGGUAUUUAGAUUUUGUAGAAGUAAGUGUCAUGCAGCCUUUAAACAUAAACGCAAUCCACGUAAAGUAAGGUGGACAAAAGCAUUUAGAAAAGCAGCUGGCAAAGAAAUGGCCAUAGAUUCAACGUUUGAAUUUGAGAAACGCCGUAACGUACCAAUACGGUAUGAUCGUGAACUUAUGUCUACAACUAUAAAGGCUAUUAAGAAAAUUUCGGAGAUCAAAGCUAAACGUGAAAAAGCAUUUUACAAGAAUAGAAUGUCUGGUAACAAGGAACGCGAGAGGGCAGAGAAUAUACGUGAGAUUCAACGCAAUAUUGAACUUGUUCCAACACUUUCAUCGAUCAAAACCAAAUUACAAACAAUCAAAGCUGUUGCUGAAGCAGAUAAAGUUGAACAUCAAAAUAAAGAACAAUCGAUGGUGAUGGAUAUUGAUGCAUCAUAA